UUACCUCUUCCUUUCACCUUAAAUCCCCCCUUUGGACAUCAAAUAACAUAUAUCUCUCUUUUCUACAUUAUUUCAUAUUUUUUUGUCCUCUAAUAAUCUAUACCACAAAUAAUGGAUGCAUCAAAAGCUAUUGUGUUCUUAGCUUUGUUUAUUGCAGCUACAACAAUUCCCCACUCCCACGCAUCUGACCCCGACUCACUUCAGGACUUGUGUGUUGCUGCGACUUCCAAAGGAACAAAAGUGAACGGAUUCCCAUGCAAGGAUGAUACCAACAUAACAGCCUCAGACUUCUUCUUCGCCGGAUUAGCAAACCCUGCCGCCAUCAACAACUCCAUGGGAUCUGCCGUCACUCCCGCCAACGUUGAGAAAAUCCCCGGUCUCAACACCCUCGGUGUCUCCCUCGCUCGAAUCGACUACUUACCCAACGAUGGCCUGAAUCCACCGCACAUCCACCCACGCGCCACCGAGAUCAUCUUCAUCCUUGAAGGAGAACUGGAGGUUGGAUUCAUAAUUACCACCGGCAACAAACUGAUUUCCAAAACCAUAAAAAAAGGUGAAGUCUUUGUCUUCCCCAAGGGCCUACUCCAUUUCCAGCAGAACAAGAAGGAUAAGCCUGCUUCUGUUCUUUCUGCCUUCAACAGCCAGCUACCGGGAACUGUGUCGAUCGUCGCCGCCUUGUUUUCGUCCUCCCCUGCGGUCGACAACGGCAUCCUUGCUAAGACUUUCCAGAUUGGGACGGAUGAGGUGGAAGAGAUUAAGUCUAAGAUUGCUCCUAAGAAGAAGUAAUCGCUGUUUGCAUAAAUGUAGGUAUAUGGUCAAUGAGGAAUAAAUUUUCAUUCAAGAAAAAUUAAGAAUAAUUUUGUUUGGUUUCUACCCACAUAGUUUGACAUUUUGGUGAAAAGUUCAUAUUUUUAAUAUGAGUGUUGAGUAAUAUUCAUAUUCAUUUGGGAAAA